AUGGCUGAUACUCCAACAAGUUCUGUUCAUGUUACAAGGGGUUCAAACAAAUCUCUACCCUUUACUGAUAUUACUAAUGUUAACGGGAACAUGCGAAGUAAGAAGAUCAAAGGUUCAUUGGCGUUAACGGGUGUAUCAAUAGUAGAUAAUACAUUGAACGGACCUAUAUGUACUGGCAAUACAAAAUCAUGCGGCAUGUACAUUCCGAGGGCAACUAAUAAUCAAGAUUCCAAUCAAGAAGUUGUAAUUCCCCGAGAUUUAAGUCAAGAUUUCGAUGAAGUGAUAGAAAAUAAUGUUCAUUCUGUGCCAUAUGAUGAUUGUGGUGAUGCUUCAUAUACUUGUGAACACUGUGGUGCAACAUUUUGGUACAAUGAGCGACUUAGUCAGUCUAGAGUGAAAUCGUACCCAAAAUAUGGUGUAUGUUGCACACAUGGGAAAAUUAACCUUCCGAGUAUGUCAACCCCUCCAAAAGAGUUGUAUGAGUUGUUCUUUGAGCACGGAGAGAAGAGGACAUGUUUCCUAAAAAACAUUAGGUCAUACAAUAGUAUGUUUAGUUUCACGUCAAUGGGUGGUAAGAUUGACAACUCAAUUAAUUGCGGUGGUGCACCACCAAUUUUUCGAAUCAACGGACAAAAUUUCCACUCAAUUGGUAGCCUGCUACCCACCGAGGGUAAACAAGCAAAAUUUGCACAAUUGUACAUACAUGACACAGAUAAUGAGAUUAAUAACCGUAUUUCUUCUGUAAGGAAGAACAAUGACAAAGAUAGCAUUCAUGUUGAAGUUGUGUCUGAUAUUAAAAAAGUUUUGGAUGGAAACAAUGUGUUAGUAAAAUCAUUUCGCAAUGCAAAGUCACAUAUUCAAGCAAAUCCACGGGUAGAGAUCAAGAUGAGACUAAUUGGAAAACGUAAUAAAGAUGCACGAACAUAUAACCUCCCAACCGUUUCUGAGGUGGCAGCACUCAUUGUCGGAGAUUUGGAUCCAACAAUGGGUCAACGUGACAUAUUGGUAGAAUCUAGAUCGGGUCUCUUGAAAAGGAUUAGUGAAUUGCAUCCAUCCUACUUACCGUUGCAAUACCCUAUCUUAUUUCCAUAUGGAGAAGAUGGAUAUAGAGAGGAUAUUGAACGAUCUAAAGACUCCAACAACAAAUCCAAUAGUAGGAUUCGCAUUACAGCCAGGGAAUUCUUCUCUUUUCACAUGCAUGCACGUCAUGGAGAUCUCUCUACAUUGUUAUUCUCGAGAAGGUUGUUUCAACAAUUCUUGGUAGAUGCUUACACCAUGGUAGAAACUGGUAGGCUUAUAUACAUAAGGAACAAUCAAAAGUCUUUGCGGUGUGAAGCUUACAAAGGGUUGUCAGAUGCACUAACUCGUGGUGAGAUUGAUCCAAGCACCCAAGGGAAACGUAUUAUUCUACCAUCUAGCUUCACUGGCGGUGCUAGGUAUAUGGUGCAAAACUACCAGGAUGCUAUGGCUAUAUGUCGUUGGAUAGGUUAUCCAAAUCUAUUCAUCACGUUUACUUGCAAUCCUAAGUGGCCAGAAAUUCAGCGUUACUUAGCUAAUUUGGAUUUGAAAGCUGAAGAUAGACCAGACAUUGUGUGCCGAAUUUUUAAGAUGAAGUUGGAUGAUUUAAUAAAGGAACUAAGAUCUGGAGAAUUGUUUGGUCCAGUUAGAGCAGCAAACAAUGAUCGGAAUGCGGUGUCUACUUUUAUUGACAAAAUGAUAGCAGCAGAGAUACCAAGAAAAGAAGUUGAUCCAGAAUACUACAACUUUGUGGAAGAAUUUAUGGUCCAUGGCCCUUGCGGACAUGCAAGAAAGCAAUCUCCAUGUAUGUUGAAUGGAAAGUGUUCGAAGCAUUUCCCAAAAAAGUUUGUCGACUACUCUACUUUUGAUGAAGAUGGGUACCCAAUAUAUAGGCGUAGAGAUGAUGGUCGUUUUGUUAUGAAAAGUGGUAUUCAAUUAGACAAUAGAUUCGUUGUACCACACAAUAGGUACUUGCUCCUAAGAUAUAGGGCUCAUAUGAACAUGGAAUGGUGUAAUCAGUCAAGGUCAAUAAAAUACUUAUUCAAAUAUGUGAAUAAAGGGAAUGACAGGGUGACUGCUGAGUUCUAUAAAAGUACAUCUGACGCUAAGGGUAAUGAAAUAAUUGAUGAGAUUAACAUGUACUACGAUUGUAGGUACAUAUCAGCAUGUGAGGCUACAUGGCGUCUCUUUAGCUUUGAAGUGCAAUUCAGGACUCCCGCUGUUGAGAGGUUGAGUUUUCACCUACCAGAUUGCCAAACAGUAAUCUUUGAAGAUGAUGACCCUGUGGACAACGUACUUAUGAGGGAGACAAUUGCUCAAAGUAUGUUUAAUGGUUGGUUUCAAGCGAAUGAAAGGUUCCCUGAGGCUAAGUUGUUGACUUAUAUUGAGAUGCCAACUAAAUUUGUUUGGAAAAAAGACCUUCGACAAUGGAAUCCAAGAAAGAAAGGUUUUGCUAUAGGUCGUAUUUUCUAUGUACCACCGGGUACUGGAGAGUUGUACUACUUGAGAUGUCUUCUAAACAUAGUUCGUGGGCCUAGAAGUUUUGAGGAAAUAAAGCAGUAUAAUGGUAUACAAUAUACUUCGUUUAGAGAUGCAUGUUAUGCGCGUGGUCUAUUGGAUGAUGAUAAGGAGUAUAUUGAUGCCAUUAAAGAAGCAAGUCAUUGGUCAACUGCUCAUUCUAUGAGAAAACUUUUUGUGACAUUAUUGACAUCAAAUUCAUUUAAUAGGCCUGAAAUUGUUUGGAAGGAGGUUUUGGUUUUCUUGGCCGAAGAUGUGCAAUACAAUCAGCGCAUAUUUGGUUUUAACAAGUGA